ACCGGAAGGAGCGCGGCCAAAGGGGGUCCUCACGCAGCUCCGGACGGCGGGACGCGGCCAUGGGGAAGCGGCAGCACCAGAAGGACAAAAUGUACAUCACCUGCGCCGAGUACACGCAGUUCUACGGCGGCAAGAAGGCGGACCAUCCCCGAGCUAACUUCAGGCGUAUAUCGUUUGAUCACUGCAGUUUGUCUCUGCAGCCGUUUGAAUACCCCGUUUGUACACCAGAUGGGACAGUCUUUGACAUACUAAGCAUCGUUCCUUGGAUAAAGAAGUACGGAACCAAUCCAAUCACAGGAGAAAAACUAGAUGCCAAAUCCCUUAUAAAGCUGAACUUUGCUAAGAACAGUGAAGGUAAAUACCACUGUCCGGUGCUGUUUACUGUAUUCACCAAUAACUCCCACAUUGUGGCCAUCAAGACAACGGGAAAUGUGUUUGCCUAUGAGGCAGUUGAGCAGCUGAACAUAAAACCAAAGUGCUACAAGGAUCUCUUGACAGAUGAGCCCUUCACCCGGCAAGACAUUGUGACGCUGCAGGAUCCAACAAACCUGGAUAAAUUCAAUGUCUCCAACUUCUUUCAUGUUAAGAACAACAUAAAAGUGGUUGAUCCAGAUGAAGAAAAAGCAAAAUUGGAUCCAUCUUAUUACUUGAAAAAUACAAAUACAGAGACCCGAGAGACUUUACUGGAGCUUUAUAAGGAAUUCAAAGGCGAUGAGAUUCUGGCAGCCACUAUGAAGGCUCCUGAAAAGAAGAAAGUGGAUAAGCUGAAUGCUGCUCACUAUUCCACUGGAGCAGUAAGUGCUUCCUUCACCUCCACAGCAAUGGUACCUGAAACUACCCAUGAAGCAGCUGCUAUUGAAGAUGAUGUUGUAAGAUACCAGUAUGUGAAGAAGAAGGGCUAUGUACGACUUCACACUAACAAAGGAGACUUAAAUUUGGAGCUGCACUGUGACAUGACACCUCGAACCUGUGAAAAUUUCAUCAAACUGUGCAAAAAGAACUACUACGAUGGGACAAUUUUCCACAGGUCAAUUCGUAAUUUUGUGAUUCAAGGAGGUGAUCCAACUGGAACAGGAACAGGAGGAGAAUCUUAUUGGGGAAAACCAUUUAAAGAUGAAUUCAAGCCCAACUUGUCCCAUACAGGACGUGGUAUUCUUAGUAUGGCCAAUUCAGGACCUAACACAAACAAAUCACAGUUCUUUAUCACGUUCCGUUCUUGCGCUUAUUUGGACAAGAAGCAUACAGUGUUUGGAAGAGUGGUUGGUGGCUUUGAGACUCUGACUGCUAUGGAGAAUGUGGAAAGUGACCCGAAGACGGACCGUCCCAAGGAGGAAAUACGAAUCCAGGCAACAACCGUUUUUGUUGACCCGUAUGAGGAGGCAGAUGCGCAGGUUGCUGCAGAAAGAGAGAAGGUUCAGCUGGAAGAAGAAGCAGCCAAAACAAAAGCUGAGGUGGUCCCACUGAAGAAGGAGGUCCAGGCUCCUAAAACUUACCGGCAGGGGAUUGGAAAAUACAUUAACAUGGCUGCAGCGGCUACCUGCUAGAGCUCUGGAACAGGACAGAUGUUUGCUUAGUGCCAGCAAGCUUUGCAAAGAUGCUGUCAUGCAGGAGUUGGAGAUCCCUCUAGUUCUGUUAUUAUUCAAAACUGAAAGUUAUCUGAGCUUUUUUUUUUUCAGCACUUACUUGAACAUGGCUGAGUUGGUCCUCAGCAGUGUGUGCACGCUUCACAAUUGUAGAUAUGUGUCCACAAUGCAGAAGUCCUUAAGUAGGAACUGUACUGUCACUUCCUCCUCCACCUUUUAUUCUGGUCUCUUCCCCUUGUCCAGCUAGUUCUUAGGGCCACUGUCCCAUGGAUAUCUUUUCCUUUUGCUGCCUUAAACCUGCAUCAGUCUGCUGAUCUGAUUCCCUGUGCAGCCAACAGGUUACCAGGCUUGCCAUGGGAGCUUCAGAGUACCUGGCAGGUUGUACAGGCUUGUCCCAAAGCACCCUCUCCCAGAUACCCUUUGUACACCCACUGGGGUUGGCAGCAUCUCUUGCUUUCCUGAAGACAGCACAGAAUGAAUGCUGCCUCAGCUGCAGCCUAGUGUCAGCUUUGGAUAAAUUAGAAUGAAUGCCUUCCACUUGAUUUUUAGCAGACUUCUAGAACAGCAUUUGCAAAAAUACUAUUGUCUGCCUACUGCAUAAAGGCAUGUAUUUGUGUGUACACAGAUUUGGACAGCAACUUAGUCAGCUUCUAUGUGCCUGUGUGACUUACAGGCAUUUGCAUAACUGUGAGAACAAAAAUAUGGCAGUCCACGUAGGUCAGCUCCAUGUGCAUCUCAGUAAAGCAUUUUGGUUACAGAAUAUUGCUUGGACCUUAAAAUAUUGUCUUCAGCAUAAAACUGUCAUUCUUCACUGUUACCAGCUGUACAGAAGGGACGUUUCUUUCCUGGUCCUUCACUCACUGCAGCCUGCCUUCAGGAGGGCACAGCAGACCUUUGGCUCAGGUUUCUCCCUCUUGGCUGCUGCUAUCUGACGUGACCUGGCCAUGUAGCAUUUCCAUGGGGCUGUAAGCUCUGCUGAAGGUGAGCUGGGAAUAGCAGUAGUGACUGCAACAUGCCACGCACAAGGAACAGACUCAGCCAGCUGCUUUACACCUAGUUCCUCAUAAAUCCUUCUGCUUCCACAAGCAUGGGUGAGAAGUGGGGGGAGCACUUAUGGCUCAAACUUUCAGUGACUGCUAAAAAAGUGCUGCUGUUAAAUCUUCUGCUCUGACCUGGAGAACCUGCUGGGGUUUGAACACAUUCCUGGAAGUGUUCAAAGCCUGACACGAGCCAUCCCUGCAGACUGUUUGGGUGAGCCAGAAGCCACAGCCCUGCUUUGCCAGCCCAGGGUGCGCACUCCUCUCUGAUUCAUAGCUGGCUCCAGUGUAGCUGUUGCAGGGAGAGCCAAGGCAGCCAGCUGCCCUGCUCCCACCAAACAGUAAAUAGUCCCUAAGGGGUGUUUUCAUUUUGGCUCCAGGAAGCGCAGCAUGGAAGAUGAUGGGCCCUCAACAAGCACAGCUGCGAAGAAAGAGAAAAAGAGCACAGGCUUUGGGGACUUCAGCUCCUGGUAGCUGUGCAGGGAGCCUAGCACUGGAGCAGCACAGUGAAAAAGAAGAGGCGGCCUCCCACGUGUCCCUGAAGAGCCCGAAAGACAAUCUGUCCUGGGGAGAGGGAAGGCACCAUGGAAGGCACCAUUCACCGUGGAAGAAAACUGCUGCUUUGUUAAAGCUGGUUAAUGUGGCUUUGUUUUCUGGAGAUCUGCAUUCUCCCCAACUGCAUCUUUCUCGAAGGCCUUUUUGUUGUUGUUCAGCUGAGCAGGCAGCACAGCUCCGCUGGGGAUUAGCUGGAGCCUUUCUCUGCAUAGCCAGCAGCAGCCCAGGCAGAGCCCAGCCUUCCAGGAUGCUGCCUCAAUAACAGCUACGUUGUGAAAGAGCUUCAUUUACAGGUAGUCAUUUCCAGGCAAGCCAGGCCUGCCAGAUGAAUUGAUGUGCUGGGGAAGCACCCGAGCUGCUGGAAGGCUCUGUGGAGGGGAGAAGCCUGUCCUGCCUCUCCCUUCCAGCUGCCUUUUGCUUGUUCUCAGCAAGGACCGAUUCCAUCUUUUCCUCUUGCCUCCUGGCUGGAUUGACUGCUGUCAGUCUCCACAGGGCCUUGCUCACUCUGAAAUGAGCUGUGUCUGCACCCACAUGAUCUCUAGCAGCCUGGGAAGCAGUGAGGCUGAGCAGUGAGCAGUGUGCCUGCUGCAGCAGCACCGCAUGUUCCUCUGGCAGCUGGCCUUUCUGGAGCCCCUGGGCUGCUGGGAGGCCAGGCAUCCCUGCUUCAGAGCUGCCCUCUGGGUCCAGAACUGACAGCCUGGAGCAGUUGAGUGGGAACAGAAACAGCAUCACAGCAUUUUUUUUAGCCAUCCCCGAGGGCUGCUCCUUGCAUAGGCAUCUCAGAUAUUUCCUUCCAUAGCCACACUGUUAGGAUGCUUACAAAAGGCCUUACGGAGUGCAGAAAUGCCAGCCUGGGAGGUGUAAGGUGUGUUACUGUCACUUGUAGGCAGUGCAGCAGAUCCUGAACAGGACUUCUCAGUUCGCCUCGGUUGUUUUCAGAGCACAGCAGUACCGUCCCUUCUGGCUGAGGAGGUGGUUUUGUUGUCAUCUUUGUAACCAGUACAUUGGUAUCAGUGGUUGAAGAGCUUAAAGUCUCCAUUUAUAGGAAAUUGCUGUAAAAAGUUUUUGGUAACGAGUUUUGCAAUUAAAUGCUUUUAUUGUCUUUUGGA